GGUUGGAGUAUUAUCUACCAAUUUUAUUUAAUUGACAGUAAGUCAAACGGGAAUCAAUCAGCGAACAAAGAAUCAGAGGAGGCGGGACUCCACCACUCAUCUCCUUCUCCUCCAUGGCCGCCGUAUUUCCGAUCGCUCUCACCUCCGUCGACCACCGUAAUGCAUCCGCCAUCCUAAGCAGCUCUUCCAUCACCCAAUCGCACAAAUUGCGCCGCAAGCCCACACUCAGAGUCAGAGCCUGCUCCGCCGCCACACCUUCCCCUGUCCUAACGCAAGACGCCCUCAAGAAGAUCGCCGCAGAAAAGGCCGUGGGUUACGUCAAGAGCGGAAUGGUUCUCGGCCUCGGCACCGGUUCCACCGCCGCCUUUGCGGUGGCCAAGCUCGGCGAGCUCCUCUCCUCCGGCCAGCUAACCGACAUCGUCUGCGUGCCGACGUCGCAGCGGACACAGGAUCAGGCCACCGCGCUCAACAUCCCCCUGUCCACGCUCGACGACCACCCGAGACUCGACCUCGCGAUCGACGGCGCAGACGAGGUCGAUCCAGAUCUAAACCUAGUCAAGGGCCGCGGCGGCGCUCUCCUCCGCGAGAAAAUGGUGGAGGCCGCGUCCGACAAAUUCGUGGUGAUCGUCGACGAUUCCAAGCUCGUCUCCGGCCUCGGCGGAUCCGGACUCGCCAUGCCGGUGGAGGUGGUCCGAUUCUGCUGGAAGUACAAUCUUCUCCGGCUCAGGGAGAUGUUCCGAGAUCUGGACUGCGAGGCAAAGCUGAGAUUGCAGGGGGAUAAUAAACCCUACCUGACGGAUAAUUCCAAUUACAUUGUGGAUCUGUAUUUCCAGAUCCCAAUUAAGGAUUCGGACACCGCCGGGAAGGAGAUUUCGGCGCUUGAGGGAGUUGUGGAGCAUGGACUGUUCUUGGACAUGGCCACUGCUGUCAUUAUUGCUGGGAAGGAAGGUGUCACUGUGAAGAGCAAGUGAAGAUGGAGGGGUGGCAUUUGCCCUGCACAUUCUGAAUAUUUGGUGUCAAAGGUGGUGUGACCUUAUACUACUUUUUGGUACAAUGGUGAUUGGUGAGAUUGAACUGGUUGGGGUUUCAGUAAAUAACUUGUAGCAAUAGUCUGUCUGUCUGUGUGAAUAAACACCCAACUUUUCUUGAAAUAAAAUGGCACUUAUGCAUGAUAAUAAGUUUAGAAGACUUCAAUGCGUUUAGGGAGUAUUAUCAUGUGUACAAUAAUUUAUGAAUAGUUUG